AAUCCGCUGGCUCGGAUCCCGGAAGUAGACGGAUCCUUGUCAACCACGGCCACAGACUCUGCGGUGAACUUUACCGGUGCUGAGUCCCCCCCUCCCCCGCAACCAAACCUUUAACUCUGUACAGUCCUCAGAGUAUGGGCAGUGUGCUGGCUGCCACCUCCCCUGCGCCCACCCCGACCGGCGGGGGCCAGGGGGUCCCGGGCUUGGUUGCGGUUCCACCCGGGUUCACCAUGCCCUCCAUGCCCUCCGUGUCCUCUGUCCCGUCGUCGUCCGAGCUGCAGAUCACGGACGUGGCGCAGUUGUCGUCACUUCCCAACCCGGGCACAUACGAAGAGUGCCACCGCAAAUGUAAAGAGGUCUUCCCUCUCCAGAUGGAAGGCAUGCGCUUAGUGGUGAACAAAGGCUUGAGUAACCACUUCCAGGUCAGCCACACCAUCACCCUCAGCACCCUGGGCGACUCUGGCUAUCGAUUUGGCUCCACGUACGUCGGCAGCAAACAGACCGGACCGGCCGAGUCCUUCCCGGUCAUGGUGGGUGACAUGGACAAUACGGGGAGCCUCAAUGCCCAAAUUAUCCACCAGCUCACCUCGGCCCUCCGCUCCAAAGUUGUCCUCCAGACCCAGCAGCACAAGUUUGUCAACUGGCAGUGCAACCUGGAGUACCACGGCGGCGACUUCACUUCUGCCCUGACGCUGGGAAACCCUGACAUCCUCGGAGCCUCCGGCAUCGUCGUGGCCCACUAUCUGCAGUCCAUCACGCCCGCGCUCGCCCUGGGUGGCGAGCUGGUUUACCACCGCAGACCCGGCGAAGAAGGAACGGUUACCUCCCUUCUGGGCAGGUACACAGGUGACAACUCAGUGGCCACGGUGACGUUGGGUGGAGGAGGAUGUCACGCCACCUACUACCAUAAAGCCAACGAGCAGUUACAAGUGGGCGUAGAGUUUGAAGCCAGCACGCGGAUGCGAGAGACCACGACAUCGUUGGGCUACCAGCUAGAUGUGCCCAAGGCCAACCUGCUCUUCAAAGGCUCGGUGGACAGCAACUGGGUGGUAGGCGCCACGCUGGAGAAGAAGCUGCCGCCUCUGCCGCUCACGGUAGCGCUGGGAGCCUUCCUCAAUCACCGCAAGAACAAGUUCCAGUGCGGCUUCAGCGUCGUCAUCGGCUAGAGGGGGGUCAGAAAUGGAAACGUCACCCCUGCCCCCCAGGACCCGGCUCGUGGUCCUUGGCUCGGUCGGAGACACAUUCACACGCAAACGCACACGGGAACCCGGAACAAGUUUUUCCAAACCUUACAUUCAGAGACGCUCUUUUACUACUGUGAUUCCCGGGGGAGACGUCAAAGAGACGUGACUGACCGACGAGACCACCUAGGACCCGGGACUGGCCGCGCCUGCGUGGUGUAGUGCGCUUUUCUUUACUUUUGGAAGAACGCCCGCGUCAGGGCGGGGGAAGAAUCCAACCAAGUCUGUGCGUAAACGUAAUAUAUGGUGAUCGUGUGUGAUGAACACAAAUAAAUGUCAUUACUUUUUCUAAGAAUG